AUGCAAAGCAUCGAUAAUAACUCGCCCAGCUCAUCCAAUUACACCGGAAAUUCUUCCCACGGCCAAAAGACAGAUCGCAAAUUAUGGCGCCUGAACGAUGACGACAGUCGUCACACCUGGCAUUUGCUGCCUAAUGAAGAUGCUGCUCGCGACUGGCCUCAAACUUACGCAGAAAAGUGGUUCUUGGAUCUACCCAUGGACCUCCCCCCUCUCCCUGAAGCCAGAACCCCUUUAGAGGCCGCUCAAAAUGGCCUCAACUUCUUUGAGAAUCUACAACUACCCUCUGGUCAUUGGGGAGGUGAUAGUGGAGGUCCGAUGAUCUUCUGUGCCGGCAUUGUCAUGGCAUGGUUCGUGACAGACACGCCAAUCCCAGAGACCACCAAGAUAGAACUCACCAACUAUCUUCUCUCCCUAUUCGAUCCUGCCGAAGGAGGUUGGGGUCUUCACUCAAUAGGCGAGAGCACUGUAUGUGGAACCGCAGUCAAUUAUUGCGUUCUUCGAAUCCUCGGCAUGGACCCAGACCAUCCAGUCCUUAUAAGAGCCCGAAGCUUUAUACAGGAGAUGGGAGGGGCCAUCUACUCUUCCAUCUGGGGAAAGUUUUGGCUCUCGAUUAUCGGAGUCAUGGACUGGGAUAUUGUCAAUCCCAUUCCCGCAGAAAUAUGGCUGUUGCCGGAGUGGCUGCCCUUUGCUCCCUGGAGACUCUACGCUGAGAUGCGACUUGUAGCUCAGCCGAUGAGCUACCUGUACUCCACGAGAUGGCAAUACCAAGGCAGCAGGGACUUGGUCAAGUCUCUCCAAGAAGAACUUCUUCUUGACCCUUUUGAGAAGAUCAACUGGACCAACCACCGCAACACCGUCGCCAAGGUUGACUACAAGCAGCCAAGGACAUGGCUUCUUAAUGGUGCUAGUUGGGUGUUUGUCAACAUUUGGGAGCCAUACAUACGACCAAACUUCCUCAAGAGGAGAGCCGAGGCUUGUGUGAGCCAACUCAUCGACAUGCAAGACACCAACACCGACUAUGGUGGCAUCGCUGCGACAGAUGCCCCGAUGAACACCGUCAUAGCAUAUCUGCGAUAUGGUCGAGACUCUGUGCCCUUCCAGAGACAUCUUGACAGACUACAAGAGUUUCUGUGGAUGACAUCCGGUGGCAUGCAAACCAAUGCCACAAACGGGAGUCAGUGUUGGGACACAGCCUUCUUGAUCCAAGCAGUAUGCCACUGCGGGUUCCAAAAGGAAGAGCGCUGGCGACCCAUGCUUUUCAAGGCAUACCAAUUUCUAGAACGGCAGCAGAUCCGAGAGAAUUGUGUUGACCAGGAGAAGUGCUAUCGUCAACCUCGCAAGGGCGCCUGGGCAUUUAGCAACAAGGAUCAGGGCUUCGCCGUGAGUGACUGCAUCGCCGAGGCGUUAAGGGCUAUUAUGUUACUUGAGAAGACUGGAAACUUCCCCAAGAUCUUUGAUGAUCAACGCAUCUAUGAUUCCGUUGACUCGAUCUUGCUGUAUCAGAAUGAUACCGGUGGCGUCUCUGCGUUUGAAGCACGAAGAGGAGCUGGGUGGCUAGAAGAGCUCAACAUCACCGAAAUCUUUGGUGGCCACAUGGUUGAUCACGACUACCCAGAAUGCACAUCAUCAUGCGUCACAGCUCUCUGUCUUUUCAGGGAACAUUGGCCCCACCACAGGAGGAAGGAAAUCGAUAACUUCAUUGAGCAAGGAGUGGCAUGGACCAAGAGAGCUCAGAGACCCGAUGGGAGCUGGUACGGAAGCUGGGGGAUAUGCUUCACGUAUGCGACAAUGUUUUCUCUCGAGAGCUUGGCCAGUGCUGGAGAGUACUAUAGCACGAGCAACAGUGCCAAGCAAGCUUGUGACUUUCUCAUCUCGAAGCAACGUGAGGACGGCGGUUGGUCUGAGAGCUUUAUGGGCUGCGAGACAAUGGAGUAUUGUGAAGACCCAAGCGGAUCCCUCGUGGUCCAGACAGCAUGGGCCCUCAUCGGCUUAGUCGAGGCCAAGUACCCUGAUACCGAGGCUCUGGCAAGGGGAGCCAAGUUCCUGAUGAGCCGGCAACAGAGCAAUGGGGAGUGGCUUACUGAAGCUAUUCCAGGCUCUUUCCACAAUUUCGGUAUCUUUUCGUAUCCCAACUACAAGUUCACCUUUACCCUCAAGGCGCUGGGGUUGUUGGCGAGGAGAUGUCCUGAUUUGGAGAUACCCCUUGCACAGGGUUGA